CCUCAAACCAUCUUCCAUCUUCGAUCUUUCAUUUCUUUCAUCUCCGCAGCUCUACUCAAUCGCCAUGUCCCAGCAGGGUCAACAAGAAAUACAGCCAGAUGCCCCAACAAUAGUCAGCCCGAGCUCGCCGUUCGCUACCAACCCCGCGCCUUCCCCCUUGGCAGAUGCGACCGCAGCAGAUGGGGCGCCCAACAACGAUGCAGAGGCCCAGCGGUCGGAAACAAUUGCUUCGGAUAAGACUGCGAAGACCUCUUCUGAGGAAGAGCGCACUCAAGAUGGCGAGGAGCAGCUGGAAGAGGCCCGAGAAGGAUCGAGACACAAACAACCCCUCGACACAUUCAAAACGCCCGCUCCUUCGCGCAGUUCUGCCGCUAUUCUAUCAGCACCCAACGCACCAGGGCCCAAUCUUGCCCUUCAAGCCCCCCCUGCUCAGACGCCUGCCUCCAGUGCAACGCCCGCUCCGGGCGGAGGCAGCGCGGCCGGGAUGGGCGUGGAUCUGGCAGAGUUUGACCCUUACGCUACUCCUGUGCCGUCAAGCUCGGAAUCUGGGCAAGAGAAAGAGAAGGAUGCGAGCGCGAGAUCAAAGGUGAAAGUAGAGGAAAGUCAUGCAAUGACACCCACUUCCUCUUCUCAAGGCCGUGCUAGGGCGAGCGAGACGGCAGCAGGGAAGCGUCCAGAAGGAAGCGUAUCCGAGGUAGAGAGAGGUGCAGAAGAAGAAGAGGAGGCGGAAGAGUUGAAGGAGCCACAGUUCAACUUUUCCGAAUUCUUGAAGGAUCUCAAGAUGAAGAGUGCGGAUCCUGUUGCCCGGUAUCUCAAGAGCUUCCUAUCCAACUUUGUGAAGAAGCCGUUCACGGUGAAUGAGCAGAUUAAGCUCAUACAUGAUUUCCUCGACUUCAUUUCGGAGAAGAUGCUUCUGGUGGAGCCAUGGAAAUCCCAAUCACCAGCAGAGUUUGACAAUGCUAUGGAAGCUAUGGAGAAACUCGUUAUGAACCGGCUAUACAACUACACAUUCACACCCCAGCUUGUCGCCUCUCAACCCAUCACCACCGACGAUUUAGAACGAGACGCCGUCUUCCAGCAAAGAGUCAGGUUGUUCGGAUGGAUCAGAGAGAAACAUCUGGACGUACCCGAGGGAGAGGCGGCCGAUGGUUUCUUGGGCUUUGCAGAGCAGGAGCUACUCAAGAUCAGUCACUAUAAAGCGCCAAGAGACAAGAUGAUCUGCGUACUGAACUGCUGCAAAGUCAUCUUUGGUCUGAUACGCAACACGUACGGCCCUUCGUCCGGUAGUGCCGAUGCCUUCAUUCCCAUCCUGAUCUUCACCCUUUUGCGAGCCAAUCCACCGAAUUUGAUCUCCAACAUUGAAUACAUCCAACGCUUCCGUCGCCCCUCUGCUCUUUCUGGAGAAGCCGCAUACUACCUUUCUUCUCUGAACGGAGCGGUGCAGUUUGUAGAAACGAUGGAUGCCGGGUCGCUAUCGGGGAUAAGCCAGGAAGAGUUUGAAAAGAAGGUGGAAGAUGCUAUCGGAGAAUUGCCGCCAUCGCCUAGCGAUGCUAUGGGUGGGGGCAGUCUGGCAAGAGGGGUGAGGACGCCGCGAAGGGGCGAGGACGACCGUAAAGAACGGGAGCGGGCCGCUGCGGGCGUCUCUCCUUUCCAGACCCCUGCGCCAGGUGAAGAAGCGGCGCGCCCGCUCUCCAUGAUGACUGCACAGGCGUCGUUGGAAGGUACGAAAAGAUGGUUUACAAAGACAGCGGGGACUACGGCGGGCAACUUGGGCAAUCUGGUGCAGGAAGGUGUGUCGAGGCCUCUCAGCGCGAUAGGCAAGAUCUUGGAGGGAAUGUCGCCUGCACCGGGAUCGGAACAGAGGCAAGGGCAGAGGAGUGAAGAUGGGAGUGACGAGGAGAGCCCGAGGAGAGGGGAUCGGGAUGUAUUCGGAGUGAGACGGUUUAGAGAGAGGGAGAGGGCGGGAACACCAGAUAGCCCAUUGAGGUUCUUGGGUGUUGAGGAUGUCAAUUCCAGAUCCACGACACCCCUUUCAGAAACACUCCCUGAUUUCUCGUCCCUCCAGCUCCAAGCCUCCAAUGCGCAGUCUCAUUCUUCCGAGAUGACACAUCGCGCCAACGUUCAAACUCUGGGACAAAUGUUUCCAGCCCUGGACGAGGAUGUGGUGGAAGCAGUAUUGGAUGGAUGCGGGGAAGAUUUGGGGCUGGCUAUUGAUCGGUUAUUGGAGAUGUAGCUUCGCCCAUGUUUGCAUAGCAUACAGUAGAAUUGUAUAGUAGUUAUAGCACAUUACCCGUAAUGCAUUAUUUGGGCUCAUACUU